AUGCAACGCGGCAUAGAACAAGUCCUGGAGUAUCUCAAUGAGUUCGGAAUGGAAGCGUCCCCUGAAAAGACGCAAUACAUGGUAGUAGCCAGGCCCCGAGACCAUCGGAAAGGAAUCGCCAACUCGAUACGACUCGAGCUAAACGGGCAAGAGAUUGGCAGAAAACAACAGAUCAAAAUCCUCGGAGUCACCUUCGAGGAAACGGCGAGAAGUACGAAAUGGCUCCCAGAGAUAAAGAAAAACUGGGUUCAGGGCUUGAAGCUCAUUAGAAAAACAACCAACAAGUCAUGGGGCGCCGACGAGAAGGCUCUUCGCAUCCUGGCGGAAGCCCUGCUCACGUCGAGAGCUCUAUAUAGCUGCAACUGGCUAAAUCUCACCCGCGGGCAGUGGAAAAAGCUAGAAAGAUUGAAUCACCGAUCCAUGAGGGUGGUCACAGGCCUUCCCAACUUCACGCCACUCGAAGAGCUGAGGCAAGAAGCUCAGAUGAGCCGUAUUGAGGACAGAGCCGACGCACAGAUCAUCGCUCAAUUUCAACGACUGGAGCGGACCAGGCAAGGUCGUCGACUUUUAGAGGAUUUGGGGUACGACAUGAGGAACAAGCCCCCACUUGAAGAGCCCCUUCCACCGUGGCAAGAUGAGCCAAUCACAGACCAUCGGCCACUCCCUAAAGCCCUAAACGAAGGGAAGAGGGCAAGGGCUGCUAGACUACAUGCAGCUUGGUGCGAGGAACAUGGAGGGGGCGACGAGAUACGCUAUACCGACGCAGCAAGGACCGAGGGAGCCUCAGCAGCAGCAUGGCACGACUUAAGAAGGAACAAGGGGUGGGCCGAAGCGCUACCGGAGGGCACAUCCGUCAAAGAAGCCGAACUCAGGGCGAUUCUUGCGGCGAUCGAAGACAUCCUGAGCAUCUCAGUAACGGCCAGUAAAGCCAGAAUUUUUACAGAUUCUCAGGAGGCGAUCAUCGCGACCAGAUGCAGCAGGGCCAAAGGCCGCACGACUAAAAAGAUAAAAAAGAUGGCGACGGAGCUUCGAGAAAGGGGCACCGAGUUGUACAUAACGUGGCUUCCUGGACACAGUGGAAUAGCC